AUGACCCACCAUCUCCAGCCAAGUAACCAUCUCACUUCAGUUCCUAAUAAAUCAAUUGAUCUAAAUGUUGCAAUCCCGGCUGCAAGUAACAACGACGAUCCCGUGGAUAUAUGUUCUUCCUCAAACGAAAUUUCAAGCAUUAUUAAAAUUGGGAACGAAGUCGGAUUUCAGAUUGGGGAGGAUAACACUGGAAUCUUGGAAGAUGUUUUGGAGAUGGAUGCUAAUGGUGAAGGUGGUAUUCACAUAUCCAAAUGA